CAGCCCACCCCGCAGCAAUCAAAUCUCCCAUCUUUUCCUCUCCUCUACUGUCGUCGCCGCCGCCGCGUUUCUAGGGUUUCCCUGAUCCCCAACUCAUCUGCCCCCACCUCAGCCCAGAUCCAGCAGUGAUGGCGACCGCAGAGGCAGGUGAGAAGAAGAUGAUCAUGCUCAAGUCGGCCGAUGGCGAGGAGUUCGAGGUGGAGGAGGCAGUCACCAUGGAGUCGCGGACCAUCCGCCACAUGAUCGAGGAUGACUGCGCUGACAAAGGCAUCCCGAUCCCCAACAUCAACUCCAAGGUCCUCUCCAAGGUCAUCGAGUACUGCAACAAACAUGUCCUGGCCAAGACAGUCGACGUCUCUAGUGGAGCCACAUGUGCUACUGCAUCUGACACCAUGGCUCCCGCCGCCCUUGCCGAGGACCUCAAGAUCUGGGACGCAGAAUUCAUCAAUGUCGACCCUGACACUCUCUUCGACCUCAUCAAGGCUGCAAGUUACCUCAACAUCAAGGGGUUGUUGGACCUGACUUGCCAGACUGCUGCAGACAUGAUUAGUGGCAAACCUCCGGAGGAGAUCCGUAAUUUCUUCAACAUCCAGAACGACUACUUGCCAGAGGAGGAGGAGAAGAUCCGCAGGGAGAACCCGUGGGCAUUUCAGUAGAGGAGCAUCGAGGUGGUGUUGAAUGAAUGCUUAGUAUUCGUCAUGUCAACCUUUUAGCUGCACUCUUUAUGUUUUAAUUGGUUGUAAUUGUACUGGAGUCUAUGAGGUGGUGUCAGUGAACAUCUUCAGUGUUUAUGCUUGCGUGAGCAAAAAAAGUAUUGUGGUGAGUGGUCAACACUUGUCAAACAUCUUAGUAUUUUCAUAAGAUUAAUUCCGACAUUCAUCUAAA